ACGAUGGUUUUGUGCAACAUUUAUACUCGGUCCCCAAUUAUAUAUGUUUAAUACAUGAAUUACUUUCACUGUCUGGUUAAUUGAAACGAUAUUUCAGGCGAAGGAUUAUAUUGUGUGAAGUAAUUUGAGACCACUAGAGGCCAGCGGUAUGCAGAAUGUUCACGUUACAAAUAACUUGCACUAAAUUUCAGUGUGUGACUUUGUUGACUGUGUAUUAAACAAACAAAUCAAAAUCAAACAAACCUGGAUUUCAUUUAAAAACAGUGUUUAACUUCAACAUUCAGCGAGCGAAGGUUUAAAAUGACAAGAAUUCUCUAUGAAAUUGUGGUAUUCCUUAUGUUGUGGGGACUAAAUCUGUUUAGACGGUCACAUUAUGGGGACAAAAAUCAAGUCAUAAAGUGAUAGUGCUUCAGGUUCAGAAAGCUGGAGAUCACGACGAAUAUUCAAACAUCUUUUUCCUCUUCACCUAAAAAUCUCAGUUUCUUGGGACACAAAGCCCGACAGAAAUAAUAACUUGUGGCUUGUGGUUACAUAGUGUUGCUUUAAUGUUUCCAGCGCGCACGUCUGGGUAACUUGUCACAGCAUUUCUGCCUGGGAACAGAGCAGACAACCAAAGUGAACAAAUGAUGAAUAAAUGAUGAAAAUGCUCUCUUCUCAAAAAUGGUAUUUAACCAAGCUUUAAUUAUGAAGACCUUCAACAGAGCUGACAUUUGUCAAGACAGGAAGGAUUCCCAUUAAAUCAAAAGAAGGGUUCCAAAUAUUGAUCAUGUUCUUAUUAGCAGUUAAUCCGUCUAUUACGAUCAAUUUUCUCUUAUCCGAUGUUUCCUAUGUCUCAAAACGACAUCUUCAGAUGUCUUAAUUGUCCACAAACAACUGAAUAAAUUAUAGAAUUUGUUUUAAACCCCUUGAACUGAUUGAUCGAUGAUCCAAAAAUAGCCACCGGUUAAUUUCGCGUUCGGUUAAUUAUUGAUUUGUUGAAAAUAAUAUUUGUUAGAAAAAAUUCAGAAUUUUCUACUUUGGUCCAAAAUGCAGAACCCUGUAUUUUUUUUUAGCAAUGAAAUGGUUACUGAGUUAGUGUUAUUCUAAUAUUACUACAACAAAUGUGAAUAACUUCAAGUACGUCAUUGUCAUUAAUCCAGAUGACGUCUGUGUUUCUGUGUGUGUGUGUGUGUGUGUGUGUGUGUGUGUGUGUGUGUGUGUGUGUGUGUGUGAGAGAGAGUGAGAGCGAGAGAGAGACGGAAAGGUUGGGGGGAGGUUGAAAGGAAAAGGUUGAUGAUUAAACUUGUGACUAAGACUAUAAAAGGCUGCGUCCACUGACCAAGAGAGAGCAAGAAGGAGGAACACCAAAGUCUGCUCUGCCACACAACACAAGCCAAAACACCUGAAGCACCUUCUGUGACCUGAGCGGCGAGGAAACGUCUGGUGAUCUGAGGUGGAACCUGGUCCCCCACCUGUCUGUGAGAAUGCUCUGGAGAUUGACUCUCGCCGUGGCCGUGGUGUGCGUCGGCGGCAUGUGCAGCUGCGUGAGGGCUGAUGUCAUGAGCAGACUGAUGGUGCCCAGGGACUAUGGGGUGAAGCUCUGCGGGAGAGAGUUCAUCAGAGCGGUCAUUUUCACCUGCGGAGGCUCCCGGUGGAGGCGGUCCACGGAGAGGGACUCAGACUCUUUCCUGUGGAGUUCUCUCAGCGACGUUCCAGCAGAGGACAGUCAGCACACCUGGCAGAGUGGCACGGAGCUCACGGAACACCGCUCUCCCGCUCACAUCUCCGCCUCUCAGUCUCUGUCUGACCUCCUGGCUCUUUACGGGGCCGUGGGAGACGCUCAGCAGCAGCAGCCGCAGCAGCAGCAGCAGCAGAGUGACCCGUCCCUGCUGGAGAAGUCUCAGGCGCCGUCGUUUUUCCCUGAGCAGGACGGACGUCCACUGGCAGACGGCUGGACCACGCACAGCAAGAAGAAGAGGAACUUUUCUCUGGGAGUGGCAGGGAUGUGCUGCAGCCAGGGCUGCACCAAGAACGAUAUUGGACGCUUGUGCUGAGCCGAGGAAAGGAGGAGA